UUUAGUUGAUAUUGCCAUCUCUAGGAGCGUCUAGGAGGUGGCUGUAAUCGCUUUUAACUUUAGGGUUAAGUGAACACGUGUUCAUAAUUGUGAAGUUUAGAAAUUGGGACUCUUUUGUUUAUCUCUUUUGCCUAUCUACUGAAGAGGUGUCAGAAGAUUUUCAUAUAAGAUGGUACUUGAACUUUCAAAACGAGCUCAACAGAUGCUUAAUAAAAGAGACUUCUUAGAUGAAUACACCAUGCUGUGCAUGCAUGACCCAUUUAAUCAAGAUACUAAUAAGAAGGGAUAUGUCAACCUUGGAACUGCUGUCUCUGCACUUUGUGAAGAUGUAAUACAGAAACGUAUGAAUGAACCAGGCCUGUUUCAGUUUGGUUCCAAGGAACAGCAUUAUUUUCCAAUGUGGGGUACUACAGAAAUGUGUGAAGCACUUGCCUCUUGCCUCACUCGCCAUCUUGCUCCAGAUUUGCCAGUUCUUCCAGAAAAUGUUUUGGUGGUAAAUGGUGGAGUAGCAGCUAUGGAAGUUUUAGCCUGUUGCUUGUUAGAUCCAGGAGAUGUUCUUCUAACUCCAAGUCCCUGUUAUACAAGAAUCAUUGUCAAUUUCAGUGAGAGAUUUAAAGUCAAUGUUGUGGAUGUAUUACUUAGGGAUACAAAUGAGAUCUCUGUUGGAGAAAGAUCAGCCUUCGAGCUAAAUGGUGAUCUCUUAGAAGACACCAUCAUGGAGCAGAAAGCGACAGGGAGGGUGGUGAAAGCAUUCUACCUUGUGAACCCCAAUAAUCCUCUAGGAGAAGUUUACAGCCCUCAGUUGGUGCUGCAACUAAUGGAGGUGUGCCACAGGCAUGGACUGCAUUUUAUCUCUGAUGAAGCAUAUGCAAUGUCAAUUUAUGAACCACAAACACCAUUCCAGAGUGUGCUGAACCUGUCACCUCUUCCAGAUCCACAGAAGACUCACGUAAUUUGGUCCUUUAGUAAGGAUAUGAACCUGGCUGGGAUACGAAUAGGUGCUCUUAUCUCUCAGAAUAAGGAUUUGUUGCAUGUUGUGAAGAACACUUCCGUGUACACUGCAGUGCCUGCAAUUGUCCAGAAAGCAGCUGCCAGCUUAUUGAAUGAUACGGUAUGGUUAGAUGAAGAAUUCUUACCGACUCAUCGGCAACGUCUCCGCGAAGCUGCUCACAAAACACAAAAUGCACUCAUCUCUCUUGGUGCUAAAGUACAACCUGCACAAGCAGGUUUCUUUCUUUGGGCCAACUUAAGAUGCUUCUUACCAAAAGUGAACCACGAUGAGGAACUCGCAUUAUUCAAACGGUUCAUGGCUCAUAAAGUGUAUCUCACUCCGGGCUCAGAGAUGAGAUGUGCUGAUCCUGGUUGGUUUCGUAUAGUGUUCAGUUCUGCACCCCACGUUUUGGAAGAAGGGCUCUCAAGAAUUGCUGACACUAUAAAGGAGUUAUAAAUAUCACAAAACACGAUUCAUAGAAGACGCCAUCCAAGGCUCUUCAUGAAUGAGGCAAUUUCUCUAUUGCAAGAUCAAAAUAAUUAUUUUAAUUUACAUACAUACAUACAUAUUUCAUUAAUCCAACAUUCAUCCAUCAAAGAGUGAAUAUGAAACAUGUCAGGAGAUGUACAUUGCAGAAUGCAAUGUGAACAAAAGAAACAUUAAACAAUAAUAUACAGUAUACAUAGUAUGUAAACAACGAAGUAAGUACAAAAUCUAAUAUAACAGAAUGUGAGUAAAUGCUUAAAUGGACAAUACAAAAGACUACAUAAGCUAUACAUUAUUAAAAAGACCGUUUAUAAAAGGAACUAAUAAUUUGAUAUAAAAUCUUCUGUAGAAUAAAAGACAGUGUAAGAAGUAGGCUUAGAAAUUGCUUUUCAUUUUUAAUCAAAAUAUACCAUGUGGCAAUUUAUUGAAUACUUUAAUAGCACAAUAUGUACUAGCAGAAAGUCUAACUAAGGGUAUGUGUAAUUGAUUCAUGUAUCUUGUAUUAAUGUCAUGAACAGAAGAGUUACUUUGAAAGUAAUGCUUGUUAUCCACAAAAAUACAGCAUUAAUGAAUAAAUAUACAAACUUGGAAUAAGUAAAAUCUCCAGUGAACAUAAUGAACCUUUGUAUUCCAUAAAAUGCUGGGAAGUUCUUGAAUAGGUGCACAGUUGGUGGCUUCUCAAGAAGUGCUCAGCUCCAUGAGUGAAUGAGAUACUAUCAAAACAGUUGAUUAAAGUACACCUUCCAGUUGAAGUUACACUGUAAGGCUCAUGCUUUAUCCAAAGUGUGGUACUUUUUAGUUUCAUGGUGACAAUUAUAGGUGUCCCUAAUUUGGUUGACAUUAAUAAACUGAAUCUCAUCUGUCUUUAUGUCUAGCCAUCCUUCAUGUUUCACAUUUUAAUUUUAUUCAGGUUUUAUUUUCAGCUUUUUGUUUUUAUGAAAUUUGGUACUGGUGCUUUUGACAGAAAGUUGUUACAUGAAUUUCGUUUUGAUUUAUGUGACUCCAGCUUUACAGAUAGCUUGAAUUGAACAUCAUUAAACUUUUGAUUUAAGGUGUUUAUGCAAAUGAAAAUUUGUAUUCUCAUUUUCUGGGUUAUGAUUCCAUAUACAGUGGAACCUCGCUUAACGAGCACCUCUCAUAAUGGGUAAUUCGCAUAAUGAGCAAAACAAAUUGUAAUAGAAUGACUCGUUUAACAAGCGACGUUUUGCAUAACGAGUGAUGAGAGGGGAAGUCCCGGAUUGUGUGCUUGCUACAUCAGUCUGUGUUUAGCACUCGUUUUGCUAGCAUCUU